GUCUCGACUACUAUCGUUUUGACUACGGUAUGCAACGGCCAACUCCUUGAGUGCGGAUACACCCAGCAAAGCCGCCAGGCAACUUGAGGCGCUCAUGAUGCCUUGCUUGGCUUGAGCUCCAUUGCACUCCUUUCUCUAUGGUACAAACCAUCACCAAUGGUACCCAGCUCCAAACAUGCCUCUUGAAGAUGGAUUCACCGCCCCGAGAAUUUGGAUUGAAUGUAUCCACACAACGUGCAAGCAACUCUUUCCGUGCUUUGGCUGCAUAGUAGCUGCUUCUGCCGAGACUGGCUUGUGUGCUUAUACUGUCAUGAGCGUCACCUCCGCCGCCUCUGUUUGGAUUGUGCUACAGUGAGUGUCUGAGACUGCAUGGUACUGAGACGCUAAGUUGCUAGCUAGUGUAGAUGGAUCUUGAUGGUCCGCCCAAAGUCAUCGUUUCUCCAAGUUGUGCUCCCAGCCGACCUUUCCCCCUCUGACUUCCACGCUGUGAGGUCCACGCUGGCAGUAAUUAUUUCGGGUUCCGGCCACAAAAAGACGAGCCUUUUCCAUCAAACAACAAUCAAACACGCUCCAAGUCUGCAGAUUCGAUUCUCUUAUUAUACUUGUACGCUGUACGAACCUUCAGACGAUGAGCAGUAAUCAUGACCUGCCACUGCUAAUAGCAGUACCGGUAUCAUCGCCAUCACUAGACCUGGCAUCAUCUGUGUCGAACCCAACGGCGGCGACGCCAUCGACUGCACCAACGGCAAACUUGUUUUCGACGCCAGGUUCUGGCGCGACGGCGUCCUUCGCCCCCACCGGCAGAGACAACAAAGCUUUGGGUCAAGUCAAAACAGAAGCGAAUUUGAUUCUUCAAAAGUCACUGCUACUACAAGGCAGCGGUUCCCCGUACACGUGGGAGUCUCUCAACGAUCUUCAACAGGCCAGUAUGGCGUUUAUUAUCAACGAGGGCAUUGUGGAUUGCUUCUCUCGGGGACAAGACAGGAACAAACGGAUCGCCCAUGGUGUGCUAGGAAUAGACAAGGUUGACGCAAAGGACGGCAAGAUGACUUGUACCAUCCCGGGCCAAGCCAUUUGCCGGGAUUUGCACCAGUUUGUUCGAAAAAAUGGCGAUGCUAUUAAAUCGACGGGAAAUUGGAGCACGAACUUUGACGGUGAGUCAUAUCAACAGUUUCGAUCCGACAACAAAGAGCUGUGGGGGGAUGGGCGAGAACGGAAAGGAAAGUCAUGCACAUUGUUUACGCUCAAUCACCAUAUCGAACCAAUUCUGCGACCCCAAGCGGAAUUUUCUAUGGUGUGUGCUUUUGUUGUGAGCUCUUUAAUGAUUCACUACCGUCAAGUCAUCCACCCCCAAGGAGAAACCCCCGUUUCGAGUCCGACUACCACAGGUACACGUACAAGCCCAUUGUCGUGGUCCAACAUUGCGAAUAAGACGUCUGGCAACCAAGGAAGCAAACCAGCUCGAUGGCAGAAAGCUAUGAAGAGUGCAUUGACCAAGGUUGGCAUGCGUCGAAAGGCGCGUGAUAACAGCGCUCUGACAACUAGUCCAGGCAGUUCACCCGGGAGGUCACCCGCCCGUGCACCCGUCGCCGUUUUGGCCAAUGACACUAUGAUAGAAACGAAGGCUGGAAACUUCACGCUCAACAUCGGACGCUACAUGCGACAUAGUCUAACCGCCAAGGAAAAGUACGAAACUAUAUUCGAGGGCAAGGGAUUUGUCUUCGAGGACGUUCUGAAUGGUCUCUUGAGCUUGAGCAACACCAGUGCCCCCCGCCAAGGCUGGAUCGACAUCGCCCAAGAUGAAACUCCCGAAUACUUCUAUAAAGAGGUGAAGAAACAUCUCCAGCAUGGUGCCCUAUGCGCUCAUGUCCGUCUUUAUGAGGGUUAUGAACAAAGUACUAUGUGUGUCAAGGAUCGACCUCGGAUGAAUUUCACCGACGAUUAUCACUUUGUCGCCAUAAUUGGAGUUCGCCAAACUGGAGACAACCUGCAUGGUGGCGUUUUGUUCCUUGCGCAAGAUUCACUUGGCCGACCAUUCAAGACUAUCAGUCUCGAAUUGCUGAGAGCGAUGCGACCAACACGAACAAUACUAGAAUUCAUACCCAACAACGCAGGGAUCGAGAUGCCCAAAGACUCUGUCUUUGAUCUAAGUCCAGAAGACAUCGUCACUGCUGGAGGGCUAAAACUCAAGAAGAGUGACUUUCCUCGUUGCCAGGAUGGCCCGAUUUCUGAAGAAGAACGGCAAGAACAGAAGGAAAAACGAGAGAAUCUGAAAGCCCUCCUAGACCCCGACUACCUCCCCGAAUGGUCGCGAGCCCUUAGAAGCAACCGCUGAAGUCAACCCCAAGCAAUGGACGUAGAGUUCGCUUGGCUUGACGAUGGAGGAAGCAGACAUAUGGUCGUGGUGGUGUCGGCUUAGUUUACGGCUUGAAGACUACGCUGUACUCAAAAUGAUUGAAUGCGCAUGCUAAUGAACAGAACAAUAAUAUGUAAUGGGACCAAGCUCUUCUGCAAGAGAGUCAUG